ACUCACUGUGGCACCGUCAUGACUUGCUGGGACCCUUUAGCAGAGCAGAGCCGUCGUUAACCUUAUUAAUGACACCUGUGCUUCUUCUACUCUGACAACUCAAAAUGUGCGCAGUGGAAAAAGUGUCAAACUGAGGAACUGAUAGUUAAGACCCCCUAAAUGUCUUGUGAAAUAUUGGAUACCUGUGUGCGCCGCACGGACAGCUGGGAUAGGAUGUGACGUAUUUACCAAAUCCUCUUAGUUUAAUUAAGCUAAAGCAGCACCUGCGCCUCUUUCUACAGAUUCACAAGUCGAUUCGGCUGUGUGAGAAGUUAAACGGAGACUCUGCAAGGAAAAGAAAGUCUUUGGAAACAGAAAACAGUUUAAAGGGAGUUAGAAGUGUUUGUUUGUCUUCAGCCACCUGCAGGAUGCAGCCUGGGCGGAUGCUGUGGGGCGCUGUGGCGCGGCAGGUCGCUCCGCGUCUGACCUACAGCACUGCAGCACAGCCACAGCUGAAGCCAAAAAAGACCAAAUUUGGCCCUCUGAGCGACCAAGACCGAAUAUUCACCAACUUAUACGGCCGGCAUGACUGGAGACUCAAAGGAGCUCUAAAAAGAGGAGACUGGUACAAGACUAAGGAGAUCAUACUGAAGGGGACUGACUGGAUAUUGAAUGAGGUAAAAAUCUCAGGGCUCCGGGGCAGAGGGGGAGCAGGCUUCCCCACUGGGAUGAAAUGGAGCUUCAUGAACAGACCCAGCGAUGGCAGGCCUAAGUAUUUGGUGGUGAAUGCUGAUGAGGGGGAACCUGGGACAUGUAAAGACCGUGAGAUAAUGCGUCAUGACCCCCAUAAGCUGAUAGAGGGCUGCCUGGUGGCGGGAAGAGCCAUGGGCGCCCGUGCUGCGUACAUCUACAUCAGAGGAGAGUUUUACAAUGAGUCAUCAAAUCUACAGGUGGCUAUUAAUGAGGCGUACGAAGCAAAGCUGAUAGGGAAAAAUGCCUGUGGUUCAGGCUACGACUUUGACGUGUUUGUGAUGCGUGGAGCUGGAGCCUACAUCUGUGGGGAGGAGACAGCGCUCAUCGAGUCUCUUGAGGGCAAACAAGGGAAACCCCGACUCAAGCCACCGUUUCCUGCAGACAUAGGGGUGUUUGGGUGCCCGACAACAGUUUCCAAUGUGGAGACGGUUGCUGUGGCACCGGCGAUCUGUCGCCGAGGCGGAGCCUGGUUCGCCAGCUUCGGGAAGGAGAGGAACUCUGGGACCAAGCUGUUCAAUAUCUCCGGUCACGUGAACACUCCCUGCACAGUGGAGGAAGAGAUGUCUAUUCCUCUGAGGGAGCUAAUAGAUAGACACGCAGGAGGAGUGAGGGGCGGCUGGGACAAUCUAUUAGGAGUGAUCCCGGGGGGUUCCUCCACUCCCAUCAUCCCUCGACACGUGUGCGAUGAUGUUCUGAUGGAUUUCGAUGACCUGGUCCGCGCAGAGACCGCUCUGGGAACUGCAGCCGUUAUAGUUAUGGAUAAAUCGGCUGAUGUGAUUCGAGCCAUUGCACGUUUGGUUGAGUUCUACAAACACGAGAGCUGUGGCCAGUGCACCCCCUGCAGAGAGGGUGUGGACUGGAUGGAUAAGAUGAUGUGGAGGUUUGUGCGAGGAGAAGCAGCAGUUUCAGAGAUCGACAUGAUCUGGGAGCUGAGCAAGCAGAUUGAGGGACACACCAUCUGUGCCCUCGGGGAUGGAGCCGCCUGGCCUGUGCAGGGCCUGGUCCGCCAUUUUCGGCCAGUCAUGGAGAACCGCAUUGGUCAGUAUAACAAGGCAAACCCUCCAAGAGAGCCUGAGAUUGAGAUGAUCUGAAAGUGUGCAGCUGUCCAUUUCAGCUUUCAGUCUUUCACAACAGUGUUAUUACAUACUCUAGCUCACCAUGUUUUACCACAUUGUAAAAAUUACUUUUAAACAUAGCUUUUAAGAUUGUACAGUGCAGGUCUUGCUGCAGAAUUUUAGGUUUCUUCCAAGUUUAAAGCUGUCAUCUUUGUACAACUAGUCUAUUUUUGUAAUAUAAAUUCUGCAGUAAGAUGGCCACUUAAUUUACAAUUCAUUUUGGCAGGCAGAACUGUUGACAGCUAAUUGGCAGAUGUGACUGACUUGGUUUGUGAUGAUCGCUUUGUCAAAUAUGUCAGGACAGACUUUUAAUUGGGAAAAUACACAGUGCAAUGAAACACAAGCUCAAACAUGGCAAUAAAUUAAGUUUAUUUAUUUCAUAAAAGCAUGAAAUAAAUUCAAUUGGUUUUCCUA